AUGCUCCAAAGAUUCUACGCGUUGAUUGACCACGUCAGAUUUCCAGGGCCUUAUGUCGCUAAGUAUCCGGCCAUUCCGACAAGGCACAAAAAUGCCGACCAUGGGCAACAAUGGAGGGUGCAGGCCUUCCUGAUGAACGCCGAGGUCCGGUAUUCGUUUUACCUCCGCUGUCUCGACGAUUGGCUUCUCAAGAGGAGCCAGGGCCUGAGAGAGAAUGACUGGCCGCUCCCACCUUGGGAUGUCGCCCUCAUGUUUUACAUCCACAUGCUCUCCCCCCAACGCUUCCAGAAGGACAUGACUGUCGAGUACAGCCGCAUUUGGGACGCUCGCAUUUCCUUCCCUCUCGCUCGGCUGAGGCAACACCCGCGCAAUGACGAGUCCUCGCAGCAACAAUGGGAGGCCAUGUAUCCCGACAUUCCCUAUCAGCUCUUCGAGUUCAAGCCCGACGGCGGAGCUCCGCAUAUUUCAACAAAAGUUCCGCGUGCUCUCGACCUCCGCGGUUACAAAUGCGGCGCUGUCCGCUGCGGAAAAAAGAGCCAGAUCAUCCCCAUGGCCGAAUGGUCUGCCUAUCGCCUCGGCAAGGAUUAUAGCCCGGCUUGUCCCUCAUGCAAGACCAGCUUUUCGCCGUUCUUGGGAGGAUACAACUCAGACUUUGCGCGCUUCUGCAAGACCGUCUUUGGGCAGCACGUUUUUGGGCUCUGGGACGCGCCACUACGCCAGAUCGGCUUCGUCGAGCGAAUCCUAGUUGAAACUGCCCUGGUCACAGCGGUUCAGCUCCAGGCCCACCAAGAUCGUUAUCUCAAGUUCCUGGGAUUGAUGAAGGACCACCCCAAGAAAGUCUUCGUCCCGACGCUCGACAUCGACCUCUUUUGGCACACCCAUCAGCUAUCACCUGCUGCCUACAACACCUACUGCCGCAGACACGUCGGUCGCCCUGUUAACCAUGACGACACUAUUGCUGCAUGUGGCCGGCGCAACGCACUGGACGAUACUAAGCGGUGCUGGGCGCUAGCUUACGACGAACUAUUCCUAGGUGGCCCUGCCGAGAUUGUCACUCUGCUGCACGAGAAAACGGCCUUCUACACUUCCAAAUGCCAGGAAAAAGAUCGCCGUCUCGCCGCCUUUGACAAUGAGGUCAACACAGCGGGUACACUGCUUGAUAUGAAGGCGGCAAGGCAGGCAGCUCUGAUCGAGCUGAACAAGGAAGCGGCAGUAAGGGGUGAGGUUGCUGUCCUGUCUGAAGCAUUUCAGCAAUGCGUGCAGGGGCGGAACGCUGUGCGGCCGAAGAUUCGGUUCUUCAGGUGGAAGUAUUAUUCCAAACAACGCCGGGAAAAACUGACGCAGAGGGAUGCCCAGGUGCACGAGGCCGAGACGGCAAAAAGCGCCAAGGAGCAAGAUCUCAGCCAACAGCAGAAGAUCACAGCAGAAGCGGUAGCAGCUAGAAACGAACAAGAAGAGCGUUGGGAGGGGAUCCAGACGGAGAGGAGGUUCAUUUCGGCGGCGCCGCGUUCGGGCCGGACUAUCGAGGUGACUACGGAGGGCGUGGGGGUGACGGAUGGGGUCGGUCUGGGGGGAGUGAUGGUGGAGGUGAUUCUGGAGGGGGCUGGGGAGGCGGCUGCGGAGGUGGUGGUGGUGGUGGCUGCGGAGGGGGAGGCGGGGGCAGCAGUGGUGGAGGUGGCUGCGGAGGAGGCGGCUGCGGAGGCGGCGGAGGCGGCGGGGGCGGCUGUGGAGGAGGGUGAUACCGUUUCCUCAAUUCUCCAAGGACGCUUUUGCCGUGAGGUUUGA